AUGAUCAAAUCUUUGGCUCUCUUUUCUUUUAUUGCCGCUGCUUCGGCGCGCAAGUGCACAAACAUCACAGUCCCCGUGUCAAUCACCUCGGAGAAUGCAGUUUUUAGCAUUGAGGCACCUGUGACGGAGAUUGAUGUUACAAACUUUGCCAUCAAUCUUGCUCGGCAGGGUGGUACUCCAUACCCUUUAACUGUGCAGACUGGUAAAGCCAAUGUCACUGGUACAUAUGACCUCGCCGCUACAUACUGCGAACCCGAUGCCGGCCGUGGAGAUCAACUUCAGAUCAUGACACACGGUAUUGGCUUUGACAGAAGCUACUGGGACUUUCCCUUCAAUAAUUACAACUACAGCUAUGUCGCCCGCGCGGUAGACGAGCACGGCUACUCGACCCUAACAUGGGACCGUCCCGGCAUCGGCGCUUCAUCCAAGGGCAACCCCGUCAACGAGAUCCAAGUCUUUCUCGAGAUCGCAGCUCUCAAAGCCCUCACCAAGCACGCCCGUGAAGGAUCUCUUCCUGGUGUCGGUUGCGGCGGAUACUCCAACGUCGUCCAUCUAGGCCACUCAUUCGGCUCUGUUAUUACCUACGCCCUCGCCAACGAAAGCCCCGAGCUCACUGACGCUAUCGUUCUUACGGGUUUCACUCAGGCGACAGCUUACCUGCCCUGGUUUGCGCUCGCAGCCAACUUUGUCCCCGUCGUGGACUCACCUAUUUAUCCUCCUGGAUACGUCGCUCCCGCAUCCACUGUAGGCGUACAGAUUAAUUUCUUUGCGGAGGGUGAUUUCGAUCCCGAGUUCUUGCAGGUGGCUUUCGAGAAGGGUCAGCCUGUUACACCUGGUGAGCUUUUGACUCUUGGUGCGCCGGCGAGUGUGAACAACACAUAUACUGGUCCAGUCCAUAUUGUGACAGGAUCACGCGACAUUCCCUUUUGCGGCGACAACUGUUACUCGACUACCAGCGUGGGCGUCAAGCUUCCUUCAUUGCUCGACUACUCUAAACAAUUCUUCACUCAAGCUUCGCGAUUCAACACGACUGUCGUUCCAGGUGCUGGACAUGGAUUGAACUUUGGAUACUCGCAUACGUUUACUUAUAACGCCAUUUUUGACUUUCUUUCUGAAUGA